GAGAGAGGACAGAGAAAGAAGAGAGAGAAAGAGCUGAACUCCAACAUCAUUGGCAUUCAGUCACCGGACAAGAUGCUGAUCAGGACUCCGCCGCCAAAGAGACCUCGAGCCGCCGCCAUGGAGACCGGAGCUACCGGCAGCCCUCCGCCGGCGGCCGGCUCCGACCGAACUCUCGUUAUCUACGAGGAUCCUCUCUCCGCCACCCCUCCGCCGGCGGCCGGCUCCGACCGAACUCUCGUUAUCUACGAGGAUCCUCCCUCCGCCACCCCUCCGCAGCUCGACUCCUCCUCCUCUCACCAGAUGCUCUGCACCUACCAGUGUCGCCAAUUGGUCAAAGCGGAUUUUCUGGUCGCCUUGAGCAGCGCGGAGAAGGAGGCUCGCGAUUGUCAGUCCAGUUUGGAGGCGAUGAAUGAGAAAUUCUCCAAAGUUGAAGCUGAGAGGAAGAAGUAUCUUGAUCAAUUCUUAUAUACAGAGCAGGAACUUGCUGCUGCAAAAGGACGCGAACAAUCACUGCAAGAACAGCUUUUGAAGGAUGUCACUGAUUCUCAGGAACGUUUUAGAAAGCAAAUAGAGUCAUACAGCAAACUUGAGGUAAAGCUCCAAAGCGAAAUGAACCUCCGCAUGAAAGCCGAGUCUUCUGCAGCUUCAGCCGAAGAAGAUGUAGGUAUUUUGAAGGAAAAACUAAGCCAUCUUUCUGAAAGCACAGGAAGGGGGAGAAGAUGUCUCGAAAGUGAGAUUGAACAGCUGAAAGGAGACUCAAAGCUUUCAGCUACUAGAAUAAGUGCUGAACUUGAACGAAUGGAGUUCAGAGCUAACAAUGCAGAGAAAGAAUCACAGCUACUGAAAGAGCAGCUAGAAGAUUCACAGAAGCAAUUUAAGGAGUGUUUGCACCUGAAGGGUGAACUAGAGAAGAAAUUGUCAAGUUUCACAUUUCAAGAAGUUACUCCUAGUCCUACGGAGAGUCAUAUUUUGGUUAAACAUCUGCAAGAAGAGCUUAGGAACUAUGAGGCUGAAGUGAGAGAAGCUAGGAAGUUGAAAUCAUCUCAUGAAAAUAUCGAGUUGUUGAAGGAAAAACUUUUGGAAGAAAAAGGUCGUCGAGAGAGGGCAGAGUCAGAAUUGUCUAAAUUACAAGAGAUUCAGCUAAGUAUGAAGAAGUUGGAGGAUGAAUUGUCAUUUUGGAAGUUGGUGACUAAAGACAUUCCUGGAGUGUCUUGUUCUGAGGACCUACCUGUCAAGUUUGCAGCUUUACAGAGAGAGGUUAUUGAUGGCACAAUGAAGGUCGGUGAGGUAAAUGCUCGCCUGAAGCAAUUGGAGGUCGCUUUGGAUUCUGCUCAAAUAGAUAAACAAAAAGCCGAAGCUGAGGCUGCUUUGGCCAAGGAGAAGGCAGAAGUGUUGAAAUCUGAGGUUAAGCAGAUUCAGACGAUGCUUACCAUGGUCACUGAUGAAAGGGAUAACUUGAGAAAUAUUGUUAAUGAGUUGAAGAAAUCCAAUAGUGGUGAAGCAGGGAAUCAAGAAGCAAGUGGAACUGGAACACUUAUUCAGGGGCUUGAAUCAUGUAUUGAGAAGAAAGAAUGCUAUAUUAAAGAGUUGGAGACUAGUUUAAGUGUCCAAAAGGAAGCCAAUAAUUGUCAAUACGAGGAAGUUAAGUUACUCAAUGAGAGGUUAAAUAAUGAAGCAAAAAGAAUAAAAUCACUGGAGAGGGAGAAUGAUAGGCUUCGUUCAGAGAUCUCUUUAUUGGAGUCCAAGCUGGGCCAUGGUGAUUUUUCUGCUGCAAAUACCAAAGUCUUGCGCAUGGUAAAUACUUUAGCAGUCGAUAACGAGGCAAAACAAACCAUAGAGGCAUUAAGAACUGAGCUACAAAAGACGAAAGAGAGGUUACAAGCCGUUGAAGAAUUGAAAAGUCAGUCGGGUGACUCUGGGAAACUAGUCGAUUCAUACAUUUCAGGGAAGAUAACACAGUUAAAGGAACAAAUUGCAACAUUAGAAAAACGUGAAGAAAGAUACAAGACCGUCUUUGCCGAUAGAAUUUCAGUGUUCAGAAGGGCAUGUUGUGAAAUUUUCGGUUACAAGAUUGUAAUGGACGACCAACAGCGGCCUAAUGGAAUUCCGGUAACACGAUUUACUCUCCAAUCCAUUUAUGCACAAAGCGAUGACGAGAAGCUUGAAUUUGAAUAUGAAUCAGGGAAUACAAAUAUUUUGGCAAACAGUUAUAGCUCUCAGCGUGAGAUAUCACAGCAGGUUGAGAUAUAUAUUCGGAAGUUAAAUUCGAUUCCAGCUUUCACUGCUAACUUGACAGUGGAGUCUUUCAACAGGAGAACCCUGUCCUAAAAUGGUUCAACUCACCUUUGAAUUGGCAUAAAUCCAUCUCUACCGCAGAUGACUCGACGGGUCGUAUGAAUCUUUGACAUCCUAAACAGUCUUGCAUGUUGUUGGCUUUGUUUGCUGUUCCUGUAAUACGUCCACAUAAAAUGUUUUUGUUUCUGCUUAUGCAGAUAGCCAUGAGAAUUGAGAAAGAAGGUU